CUUUCUGAAGUGUCUUCUGAAGAGCUUUUUCCACGUCUUAUCAGCUCUUCGGUUAUUCCGGGAGCUCUAAUGCCAGGAGAGAGGCCAUGUAUGGAGACAGGAAAAGCACCGUUCAGACCCACAAUGCACCAGGGCAUGGGUUAAAUCAGACCCGCAAAGUUCUCCAGCUCUAACAGUCCAACUUCUGGUUCAUCCAGCACAAUGACCUCUCUGACCAGCUGCUCUUCCUCUCGUUCGUCCUCAUCCUCGUUCCGUUCUUCAGCGAGGUACAGCUGUAGCAGCAUCACAUCCAUCCAAACGGAAGCUUCCUCUCCUCCUUCAGAUCCCCUCUUCAUGCCUUUCCUGGAUCAGAGAGCAACGGCGCUUUUCGGGGGUCACGAAGGCGACUCGGAGUCGUUCAUGAGCGAGAGAGAAACAUUCGGAGGUUGCCAGGGAGACAGGAAAUCCCACACAGGGGGUUACCAAGUCAGUACAGGAGCGAUCUGGGUGGAUGAUCGUUAUUACACGUCGGCGGACGUCAGCCGAUUUGAGCCGCAUGAUAUAGUGGUGAUGGCCUUCAACAGCAGCAUCGUUAUUCACGCUGAGAAGGUCGGAGAUGACGGCUGCGUCACGGACAAAUUUACCCACAAGUCUUUGCUGCCAGAGGACAUGGACCCUCUGUCUGUUAGCGGGACUCUGACGCCGGAGGGCAUGCUCGUGAUCAGUGUGAAAAGCACGUCCAGACCCCCGUCACGUCCCUGACCCCGACCUUCUGACUCACCUCAGACUUCCUAACCUUUGACCUCUGGCAACCUGGCAACCAAAAAAAUACACACAAUAUGAAUCAACAUGGUGUACUACUGUAUUAGCACAGCUAGCAUUAGCACUGUGAAAAUGUAUCUAUAUUAAUUUGUGUUAAUGAUUAAAUGAAGGCAUUUAGCACAUUAUUUAUUUAGCAUAGCCUAGUUUUCAGUAGCCUUUAGCACUUAGCAUGCUCACUUAUCACUUUUAAAAGCAGACGUAAUUUUUUUUGUUUCAUCCAAAGAAAAUGGAUAUUAUUUAACGCUGCAUGUAGCAUACAUUUAGCAUGUUCUCCAUUAGUGUUGUUACAUGUUUGCUAAUUCCUGACUCUGGUAUUAAAGGGUUAAUUUAA